GGAUUCAAAAUUCAACAGCACACCGUACCGGUUUUGUUAGAGGGAAAACUUCGUUGCACCACCUGGAAGUGUUUUUGACUGAUGAUAUAAACAGAGGCGAAGUGGAUUUGUUUUGCCGGGGUUCAUUUGUUUUAGAUAAAGAAAUAGUUCAUAAGUUCAGACUGGUGUGUGUGUGUGUGUGUGUGUGUGUGUGUGUGUGUGUGUGUGUGUGUGUGUGUGUGUGUGUGUGUGUGUGUGUAAUGCGUUUGUUUGUGUUUAAUUUCGAUAUUCCGACUAGGCUCAUUGUCGCCCUGCUUGUGUUCGCAGUACAGAGUGUAAACCCAGAUGUUCCAGGGGUUUGUGAGAAUCUAGAUUUAUAUAAAAACAGAUUUUGUGAAAUCGGUGCUAAAAGUUGUUAUACUGAUGAAGAGGCGUGCUUUAAUCCUCCCAAAUAUGCCCUGAAACUUUCAGCUCUAAAACUCUUAGACUCUCUUCCGCUUGAUGAAGUGAAGGAUGAUGCUGUUCGUACGGUGAAGAGAUGUGUGUUUUCUCCGUCACAGCCCACGUCUCUGAGAGGAGAAGUUCAGCUCGCGGCUGUAUCGCAGGAUGUGCUGAAGAACAUCUUGGACCUGGAUGAAUCUGUGACCCGAAGUGAAGGUUUUGUGCAGCGUGUCAGUGGGGUGAAACUGUUUCCUGGCUCUGUUCCUCUCGCUCACAGAUACGGAGGCCAUCAGUUUGGUUACUGGGCCGGACAGCUGGGAGACGGGCGUGCACAUUUACUAGGCGAAUACACAAACAGAAAGGGAGAGAGAUGGGAGCUUCAACUGAAAGGAUCUGGGAAAACUCCAUACUCAAGGUCUGGAGAUGGGCGUGCAGUACUGAGAUCCUCUGUUCGAGAGUUCCUGUGUAGCGAGGCCAUGCACUUCCUCUCCGUCCCCACCAGCAGAGCUCUCAGCCUAGUGGUGAGUGAGGAGGCCGUGUGGAGAGAUCAGUUUUAUAACGGCAGUGUGAAGAGAGAGAGAGGAGCUGUUGUCCUUCGUCUGGCACCAUCAUGGUUCCGAUUCGGUUCUCUGGAGAUUUUAUCCAGAACUGGAGAGCUGGAUAUUCUGAGGACAUUGUUAAAUUUUGUAAUAAAGCAGCAUUUUACAGCCAUCGAACCCACAAAUCCGAACAAAUACCUGGAGUUUUUCUCAGUGCUGGUGAACGAAACGGCGUACAUGAUCGCUAAGUGGAUGUCGGUCGGCUUCGCUCACGGUGAGCUCGUUCAUCAACACAGCUAUAUUAAUACAUCUCAGAGCUCUUCAUUUACUGAUGUUUUGUGUUUUAUUACAGGUGUGUGUAACACAGACAACUUCAGCCUUUUGUCCAUCACUAUAGAUUACGGUCCUUUUGGAUUUAUGGAGUCGUAUAACCCGAAUUUUGUUCCGAACUCGUCGGACGAUGAAGGCAGGUACAGUAUCGGGGAACAGGCUAAUGCGGGCCUGUUUAAUCUCCAGAAGCUUCUUGAGGCUCUUCACCCGGUGCUGUCUCCACGUCAGAGAGCACAAGCUGAGAGAAUACUGAGAGGAUAUCCAGAGAUCUACCACAGGAGGUUCCACGACCUUUUCAAAGCUAAGUUGGGCCUUCUCGGUGAUGAUGAGGGUGAUGCGUAUCUCAUCGGCUUUCUGCUAAAGCUAAUGGAGGACACACGUGCAGACUUUACCAUGACCUUCAGACAGCUGAGUGACGUGAGUCUGCUCCAGCUCCAGAGGAACUCCAUCACUCAGACCAUGUGGGCUCUCUGGGCUCUUUCCUCUCAUGAUUAUUUCUCAGACUGGGUUCAGCUUUAUUUACAGAGAAUUAAAAGUCAGCUGGGCGAUUCAGAAGAGUCUCGGCAUCGCAGGAUGAGAGGCGUUAAUCCUCGCUACGUGUUGAGGAACUGGAUGGCCGAGUCAGCUAUUAGGAAAGCAGAGAAUAACGACUUCUCUGAGGUGGUGCUGUUGCUUCACACUUUGACCGAACCCUUUGUGGACAAUGAGGCAGCAGAGAGAGCAGGUUACUCCAGCAGACCUCCAGCCUGGGCUUCAGAGCUAAGGGUCAGCUGCUCUUCCUGAUGAUCCUUAUCUAUACAACUGUCUCUAGGUCCUGCUUUAAAUAUAACUUUUAGAUGGGAGCAAUAAAGAGAUAUAAAGAUUGCAUUCGAGUUCUAAGUAAUUAAUUUUAAACUAGUUAAAUGUUUACUGUUACUGGAGACAUUAAUCAUAACUUAAAGUGAAUCUGUGAACAGUGAGUCUUUAAAGUGACUCUUUGCAGAGAAGUUUCACUGUUCAGAUUCAUGUUUAAGAUUCACUUUUCAGAGAUUUGUUUUAAAGUGAAUCUGUGAACACUGAAUCUUCAAAGUGAAUCUGUGCAAAGAGAGUCCUUAAAGCAAGUCUCUGAACAGUGACUCUCAAAGAGUCUUUAAAGCGACUCUAUGAACAAGGAAUCAUUAAAGUGACUCUCUGAACAGAGCAUCCUUGAAGUGACUCUCUGAACAGGGAAUCAUUAAAGUGAGUCUCUGAACAGAGCAUCCUUAAAGUGACUCUCUGAACAGGGAAUCAUUAAAGUGACUCUCUGAACAGAGCAUCCUUAAAGUGACUCUCUGAACAGGGAAUCAUUAAAGUGACUCUCUGAACAGAGAAUCAUUAAAGUGACUCUCUGGACAGGGAAUCAUUAAAGUGACUCUGAACAGAGAAUCUUUAAAGCAACUCUCUGAACAGGGACUCUUUAAAGUGACUCUCUGAACAGGGACUCUUUAAAGUGACUCUCUGGACAGGGAAUCUUUAAAGCGACUCUCUGAGCAAAGAAUAUUUAAAGCGACUCUCUGAACAUGGAAUCUUUGAAGCGACUCUUCGAACAGAGAGAAUAUCUCUGAACAGGGAAUCAUUAAAGUGACACUCUGAACAGGGAAUCUUUAAAAUGAUAAAUAAAGGGACAGGAAUAAUGC